AUGUCAGAUCCAGAACCACACCCAUCUGCACAUGGGUUCUACCCACCAAAGGCUGCAAUAUCUAAAGGAAGCCAUGCUUUGGUCACUGUUGUCACUGCAGGUCACUCAAGGAAGGAUGACACCAUCCCUGUCCUUUGGGUGAUGCAAGCUGCACAAGCAGAUGUCUUUGAUGUUGGUGUUCCAUUCUAUAACCCCAUCACAGUGAUCAAGACACUACCCCUGUUGGUACCCCUAUCCUUGAAUGCCACUAAAACAUGCAGACAGGGCACAUGUGAUGCUGGUGCUAGCAGAUUCAUUGCAGAGGACUUCCUGCCUGAAGAGGCAUCUGGUUUUCACAGGAAUUGCAUGGAAGUGGGGUGA